AUGGCUAGAUUUUCAUCUUCAUACCUUAUUCUUGCAAUUAUCAGUUCCAUCAUUCUUACAGCUUCUAGUUCGAAGCCUAACAAGCGCGGACCCCAAACAUUCAAAUGUGCUAUUUGUGUCACGCUUGUUCAAGAAUUGGAACGGGAACUAGAAAAGUCAGUGAACUCGACAGAAGUGAUUGAAUUGGCAAGGAGACCUGCUGCUGACAAAGGUAAAUCACAGGGCGGAAGAGCAAUACGGUAUGUGGACUCAGAGAUGAGGAUAACUGACGCCUUGCAAGCCGCAUGCCAUUCGUUUCGGAACUAUCGCAGCAGUGUCAUUGGCGACUAUGUGCGGCUCCUUCUGAUUCGGCACAAUGGCAUCCGGCCAGCUGAUCAUGAUCUGGAAGGUAUCGAUGUGGAUUCAGGAUCCAAACUGCAAUCCAUGUGCGAAGAUUUUACAGAGGAAUGGGAAAGAUUGUUUGUCAAGACUGUCAAGGCUGGUUUGCCGCUUAUUGAGAAUGUUUGUUAUGGUUCAAAGUCCUCGGUAUGUGGGGCCAAAAGAUCAGAAUGUCCAGCUGGCACUUCCAGUCUCAUUCCGGAUGAAAAUGAAAUUAGCGGCAAAGAGCCUUGUUGGCCCUGCGAAAGAGGCAAAUAUCAGUCACAGAAAGGUUCGACCAAGUGCGACAAAUGUCCGUCUGGUCUGAGCACCGUCGGCAGAGGAUCGACAUCUCCUGCAGACUGUGUUGCAAACUGCAAGCCAGGAUCCUACGGGCGCGAGGGGGUAGAACCUUGCUCCCUCUGCUCAAGAGGCACCUACCAGCCCUCCUCCGGCUCGGAGACUUGCCUUUCUUGUCCUGGUGGGAACGGAACGAUCAGCAUCGGAAGCGCGUCGAGAGAAGAUUGUCUGGCAAUCUGUGGGGAUGCUCGACACGCAGACGUCGAAGGCUGCGAAGAUGGAAAUCUCAAGAACGGGGAUGGUUGUUCCGCCAGCUGUCAGGUCGAACCUGGUUACGUAUGUAACACGAACGAUGGCGAUGGAUGCUCUUCAGAGUGCCAAGUAGAGACUGGACAUCUAUCAGCGCAUGUUGCUGCUCUCUGGAGAGAUUUUGCCGGCGCUCAUUCGUAUGAGAAGUUGUUGGAGAGGAUGCUCGAACGCUAUGGCAUGCCGUUGGAUCAGAAGGCAACGGAGCAGCAGCUCGAGUCGCUGGGCUGUUACACUGCCAAGCAAUGCGCGGAGAUGAUCGUGGAGAAGGUGUACGUGCGCAAAGCACUGAAUGAAGUCUGCAAGAACCUCUCUGGACCUGCGGCAGUUCCGAACGAAAGGGGAGGGUGUCGUUGCAUGCAGGAACAGCACACCGAAUGGAGAAAGUCAUGGUUGACCUUAUCGCAGAACUACACCAUGGAUGAGAGACAAGUCUGCCAGCCUGUUUCGUCGCUCAUCUCUCCUGGGAAGCAGAGUGAGAAGUACAGCGAGCGGUUCAGGUCCAUCUUCAUGCUUCAGCACGCCGUCUGCAGGAUGCGCUAUGGGGAAAUGGGAAGGUGGCGGCAGAGAUCGCCGCAUGACUUCCAGGGGAUGUGCGACUGCGAGGACGGUCACUUUCUGAAUGGAAGCAUGUGUGUCCGAAACCUUGCAGAUGUCAUGGAGGAGAGGAGAGGGAAGCAGGAGAACGAGGGGAAAGGAGAGGGGGUGUUGGAGCACGUUUCCUCAAAGGAGCACGAGCUUCAAGCGAGGAAAAUUCUCGAUGGGAUGAUAGAUAGCAACGGGGAAUGUCUGAAAGUUUUCGGCAAGCGCUAUGAAGCGGAUGGAAAGGAAAGAUGGGAGGAUGCAAGUGUCAAGCAGGACAAGUUGUGCUCCAAGGCGUUCGGUGAAAAUGUGGAGUUCGACGGAAACAAUCACUGUCGCUGCAUGAGGGGUUUCGUCCUCAUCGACAACUCGUGCGUCAUGGGCUCAAGCUCAGCAUGCGCUUCACUGGGUCUCGGUGUGCACUCAAGAUUUGACGGACAGAAUUGCGUGUGCAACCAUGGAUACAUGAUGAACGCAGAAGGCGUUUGUGAGCCCGGGAAGAAUGAGCUGUGUGAAAGCAUGCACGGGCUUGCAGAGUACGAUGGAAACCAGGCUUGUAUCUGCAAGCGAGGAAGCCUUGCAGUGAGGGGGGAGGAAGGAACGAUGUGCGUGGUCGGCAAUAAUUCUAUCUGCGUCUCAGAGUACGGAGAUCAGGCCGAGUACAACCGUUUCACUGGAACUUGUGAGUGCAAGAGUGGAUUCUCGCUGAUCAACGACAAGUGUUCUGCGACAAACGAUGCUGUUUGUCAGCUACUUCAUGGCAAAAAUACCAAGUUUGACGGCAACAACAACUGCAAAUGUGCGCGAGGCUACAUUCUUGACGCUGCCGAGAAAUGUAAGCGAGGCUUCACCGACAUCGGAGGAACCUGUCUCGAAGCUUCAGACAAUGUUUGUAGAGAGAAUUACGGUGAUCACCCAAGUAUCUGGAAGAAGUUGCUGAUGAUCAGCAUGAUUUUGACGAAGUUGUUCUUGAUGAUGGUAGUUGCGAUUAUGGUGGGCAAAUGCGUUCGAUCCAACGAUCUUGUCUGUCAGACAAUCAUGUCAGGAGAAGUAGAGUUCGAUGGGCAAGAUGCAUGCAGAUGCAGGAGAGGAUUUCUUGCCCAGGGAUCGGCGGGAAAUAUGGAAUGUAUCAAAGGAGACGAUGAGAUUUGCAUGAGGCGGCUGGGAGAGGGCGGCAUGUUCGACGGGGAGAGGAACUGCGUGUGCGGACUAGGCCUGGUGGAGGAGGAAGGAAGAUGCGUGCCUGGGUCGGACGAGACUUGCAGGAGGAUCUUAGGCGAACAGGCUGUGUUCGAUGGCGUGCGAACAUGCAGGUGCAGGCGAGGUUUCACUCAGGACAUCAACGGCACCUGCACUGAGGGAUCGGACGAAGGAUGCAGAACGAGGCGAGGCCCGUCUUCCCUCUUCGAUCGCAUCAACAACUGUACGUGCGCUGAGGGAUACAAAGAGGACUCCUCCGGGUACUGCGUCGACAAAAGCAGCAAAUCUGGAGAAAGCAAUUUGGUCUCUCCUCUCUCAGGAGGAUUUCAUGACCUCAUGGAGGUGAAGAAGUACUUCGAUCUUCUCGACUCGGACAAGAACGCACUCUUGGACGACCAGGAGGUCUUGAAGCGCUCCAUCAGCAUCGACUUCCAACGGUUUGGAGUUGCUGCGGGGGAAGGAGAGGAGGGAAGGAGAGCACUACUGAAGCACGACCUCGACCAUGACAACUACAUUGACUUCUCCGAGUUCUGGAACUUCUUCUCCGGCAGAUCCAUGGUGGGCGGGACGAUGGCGGACACGGAGCAUGCGAUGGGAGGUGAAGCGUCGGGGCUGUCUGAGAGAGCGGGGGAAGAGGAUGGAGCCUCUGACAAGGAAAGGUUCGAAAAGGCGUGUAAGUCGCAGUUCGGAGAAGCAGCAAUGUGGGACGGCGAGGAAAGUUGUGUCUGCAAGGAAGGAUACGUGGCGACAAAGGAAGGAUGCUUGCCGAGCCUGGACACUCAGUGUCAGCAGCAGUUUGGCGAGGGAGCUUUCUUCGACGGAGAGAUGUGCGACUGCAGCGAGGGGUACAAGCUGUCGAGGGAUAAGACGAGAUGCGUGCCAAGACGACAGAAGAAGGAGAAGAAGGAGAAGAAGCAAGAGAUCAGUGACGAGGACAGAGAGGCGGCGAGGCGACGAGUCUCUGCUGACAUGAAAGCUGCGAGAGAUGAGGCGGACAAGAUCAAAGCGUCUGAGAUGUCAAGCACGGCCAAGAUGUUUGACAGGGCUGAAGGAUACGUGACGGUGGUAAAAGCUGAGAUGGAGAGAGAGAGGAGGAGAAUGGAGGAAGCAGUUGCCUCCCCUGGAGAUCUCAAUGCAAGCGCGUCUUCCAACACUUCUCAUGAUCCUGCGCGCAACGACACUAGUUCGUCGACGAACGAGAGUCGCCUUGCGAAGAUGGAGGAAAGAAGGAAGAAAAGAGAGGCGGAGAAGAGGUGGAAGAAGUUCUUCGAGGAGGACGCCAUGUCGGCCAUCCAGAUCAUGAGCAAGGCAAAGGAAGCGGAGACUGCCGUCGAGAAGCUGCGGAGGAACCUGACGGGGCCCGAAGACGCCAGCGCCUCAUCUCAGGACGAGGUUGCUCCUCCUCCCCCCGAAUCUUCCCAACCAGAGAAGCCGCCGCCGCUGAGCCAGGAGGCGUUUGAGGAGCAGCUCGCCAAGCUCAAGAACAAGGUCGGCCAGACUGCCAACUCAACCGCCAACACCACUUCCACCUCCUCCUCUACCACCACCACCACCGCCAGCAGCAGCAGCAGCAGCACCACCACCACCACCACCACCACCACCACCAGCCCAACUACUGCUGUAAAUGAGCAGCUCUCUCCUACUGGCGAGUCGAGCCAGGCAGAAGCUCAGCUGAACGAGUCCGCAACUCCGGGGCAGCAGUUCUGCUGGAAGCUGAUGGGCCCGCACUCCGUCUUUGACGAGGGGACGUCGGGUUGUAUUUGUGCUGCCGGGUAUCGCGAGAACGAGCAGGGGGAGUGCAGCAAGGUCGAAGGUUGA